GUGACCGUGUGCGCAGUAAACGCUCUAAAUUUACAAAUGACAAUCUGACAACGCUCUGAAUUUACGAAAACCCUGAGCGCAUUCUGGCACUCCAGAUUUAAUUUACGAACACACCCAUGGUGAGCAGAGCCAAGCACAAGCUACCAACAUCCUAUUGGCGCGUUCUAGCAUGUCUCUGGCUAUUUCCAUUAGGGAAAAAGCCUAUUCUGUGAAGUAAGCGUGUGCAAUAACACAAUGUGCUUUUGCAAUCCUUCUAAACAACGCGAUUUUUAAAAACGUUUGCAAAGGGUAAAGUCUACCAAACUUAGUCCACUCUGUUCAUAACAGAAUGUCGGACAAAAUCCAUCUUGUUUCAUCUUCCUGGGCUUCCUCUCACUACCAUAUUUGCGAGUGGCAACUUCAAGCACGUUUAUACAUCCGGUUAAAUAUCUGUCUCAUUGUUCUAUAUGUGCGUUUCAAGAGUGAAAGUAAGAGCAGUACAGACAGACAGAUCAAGUUAAAAUAAUACGACUUUGAUCUGGUAUUUGACGACGCUCUCAUCUAAACCUGCUGUUUGUGACUACUUUGUUUAUUUUCUGUCUUGGUUGACAUCGUGACAAUAUUGUGCGUAUAAAAUACACCUGUCCACAACCUCAAACAGUCACACUCCAAACUCCACUAUGGCCAAGACCAAAGAGCUGUCAAAGGACACCAGAAACAAAAUUGUAGACCUGCACCAGGCUGGGAAGACUGAAUCUGCAAUAGAGUUGAAGAUGGAGAAGUUCUUUACCAUUCUGACUGGGAAUACUCUGGGGUCUCAUGAGGAAAUAAAUCGCCGGCUCACUACAAAAGGUUUAACGAAGGUGACGUCAUCGGCGGAGAGUGAUGUCAUCAUUGCUUUCUGUCCCAUUGUCUCUCGUGCCGGGACUGAUAUUGAAGCAGCACUGCAGCAGAUUCCUGCUGGUAAACCUGUCAUUCUGGUAGUGAAGCAUCACACCUUCAACCCAGACUACACUGUACCUGACAGCAGCAGACUAGUGAACAGAGAGGAUGUAAUACUCACAGUGGACUGUCUCUUCCAUGAGAGCCAGGGACUAUUGGAGUGUCAUCGCAAUGAAGCAGCAGUCAAAAAGAUUGUGAACAUAAUGCUGCCAAUGAACGACUGGGAGAUUAUUGAAACCAGUGAAGCCAGUGACGCCCUUGAGCAUAAAAUCUUGGAGCAGGAUUCUCCAAAAGGUAAAGUUGAAGAUGGAGAAGUUCUUUACCAUUCUGACUGGGAAUACUCUGGGUCUCAUGAGGAAAUAAAUCGCCGGCUCACUACAAAAGGUUUAACGAAGGUGACGUCAUCGGCGGAGAGUGAUGUCAUCAUUGCUUUCUGUCCCAUUGUCUCUCGUGCCGGGACUGAUAUUGAAGCAGCACUGCAGCAGAUUCCUGCUUGUACACCUGUCAUUCUGGUAGUGAAGCAUCACACCUUCAACCCAGACUACACUGUACCUGACAGCAGCAGACUAGUGAACAGAGAGGAUGUAAUACUCACAGUGGACUGUCUCUUCCAUGAGAGCCAGGGACUAUUGGAGUGUCAUCGCAAUGAAGCAGCAGUCAAAAAGAUUUUGAACAUAAUGCUACCAAUGAACGACUGGGAGAUUAUUGAAGCCAGUGACGCCCUUGAGCAUAAAAUCUUGGAGCAGGAUUCUCCAAAAGAGUUGAAGAUGGAGAAGUUCUUUACCAUUCUGACUGGGAAUACUCUUGGGUCUCAUGAGGAAAUAAAUCGCCGGCUCACUACAAAAGGUUUAACGAAGGUGACGUCAUCGGCGGAGAGUGAUGUCAUCAUUGCUUUCUGUCCCAUUGUCUCUCGUGCCGGGACUGAUAUUGAAGCAGCACUGCAGCAGAUUCCUGCUUGUACACCUGUCAUUCUGGUAGUGAAGCAUCACACCUUCAACCCAGACUACACUGUACCUGACAGCAGCAGACUAGUGAACAGAGAGGAUGUAAUACUCACAGUGGACUGUCUCUUCCAUGAGAGCCAGGGACUAUUGGAGUGUCAUCGCAAUGAAGCAGCAGUCAAAAAGAUUUUGAACAUAAUGCUACCAAUGAACGACUGGGAGAUUAUUGAAGCCAGUGACGCCCUUGAGCAUAAAAUCUUGGAGCAGGAUUCUCCAAAAGAGUUGAAGAUGGAGAAGUUCUUUACCAUUCUGACUGGGAAUACUCUGGGGUCUCAUGAGGAAAUAAAUCGCCGGCUCACUACAAAAGGUUUAACGAAGGUGACGUCAUCGGUGGAGAGUGAUGUCAUCAUUGCUUUCUGUCCCAUUGUCUCUCGUGCCGGGACUGAUAUUGAAGCAGCACUGCAGCAGAUUCCUGCUGGUAAACCUGUCAUUCUGGUAGUGAAGCAUCACACCUUCAACCCAGACUACACUGUACCUGACAACAGCAGACUAGUGAACAGAGAGGAUGUAAUACUCACAGUGGACUGUCUCUUCCAUGAGAGCCAGGGACUAUUGGAGUGUCAUCGCAAUGAAGCAGCAGUCAAAGAGAUUCUGAAGAAGUUUAAUAUACAUCCUGAGAUUGCAGUUUCUUCCUUUGACCCUCGUAUCAUCAUGCGGUUGGCAAAAGAUUGGUUGGCCAGAGUGACUUGGCCUACAACAGUUGAAGUGCCUGUUUGCAAUCAUGAAGUGCAACAUUAAGAUGAAGCACAUUGCUCCCCAGCCUUUAAGAUAUAAUAAUGAGCGAAUAAGUGGAUUGAAGUCUGAUUUUGAAAAAUGUCUAUUCAUAGUCAAAACAUUUGACAAUUUAACCCUAGAAAUAUAACUAACUAUAAGCAUUAGAAUAUGCACUUAUAGCCUAAGUGAGUCUAGAACAACUAAAGUGUGUUUUGUCAAAAUUGCUUAAUAAUUAACUCCAUUAAUGUGGAUAACUAUAAAGAUAAUGUAAUAUAAUGCUUGAGACAACUUUUGAUGGGAGUAUAAAUAAAUAUACACUACCUGCCAACAGUUUUAUAACACCUACAUUCAAGGGUUUUUCAAUAUUUUUACUAUUUUCUACAUUGUAGAUUAAUAGUGAAGACAUCAAAACUAUGAAAUAACACAUAUGGAAUCAUGUCGUAACCAAAAAAGUGUUAAACAAAUCAAAAUAUAUUACAUUUUUUUUAGAUAAUUCAAAGUAGCCACCCUUUGCCUUGAUGACAGCUUUGCACACUUGGCAUUCUCUUAACCAGCUUCACCUGGAAUGCUUUUCCAAUAGUAUUGAAGGAGUUCCCACAUAUGCUGAGCACUUGUUGGCUGCUUUUCCUUCACUCUGCAGUCCGACUUAUCCCAAACCAUCUCAAUUUGAUGCGAAAUUCCAUCACUAUCCUUCCUUACACAGCUUGGAGGUAUGUUGGGUCAUUGUCCUGUUGAAAAACAAGUGAUAGUCCCACUGAGCCCAAACCAGAGGGGAUGGCAUAUCGCUGCAGAAUACUGUGGUAGCAAUGCUAGUUAAGUGUGCCUUGAAUUCUAAAUAAAUCACAGACAGUGCUUUAUGGUGGAAAAUACACAUGCGGAGAUCAUCCAUUCACCCACACCACGUCUCACAAAGACACGGCGGUUGGAACCAAAAAUCUCCAAUUUGGACUCCAAACCAAAGAAUACAUUUCCACCGGUCUAAUGUCCAUUUCUCGUGUUUCUUGUCCCAAGCAAGUCUCUUCUUAUUAUUGGUGUCCUUUAGUAGUGGUUUCAUUGCAGCAAUUAAACCAUGAAGGCCUGAUUCACACAGUUUCCUCUGAACAGUUGAUGUUGAGAUGUGUCUGUUACUUGAACUCUGUGAAGCAUUUAUUUGGGCUGCAAUUUCUGAGGCUGGUAACUCUAAUGAACAUAUCCUCUGCAGCAGAGGUAACUCUGGGUCUUCCUUUCCUAUGGCGGUCCUCAUGAGAGCCGGUUUCAUCAUAGUGCUUGAUGGUUUUUGCAACUGCACUUGAAUAAACUUUCAAAGUUCUUGAAAUGUUCUGUAUUGACUGACCUUCAUGUCUUAGAGUAAUGAUGGACUGUCAUUUCUCUUUGCUUAUUUGAGCUGUUCUUUCCAUAAUAUGGUCUAGAUAUUUUACCAAAUAGGGCUAUCUUCUGUAACCCCCCCACCUAGUCACAACACAACUGAUUGGCUCAAACACAUUAAGAAGGAAAGAAAUUCCACAAAUUAACUUUUAAGAAGGCACACCUGUUAACUAAAAUGCAUUCCAGGUGACUACCUUAUGGUAGUCAGUUGAGAGAAUGUCAAGAGUGUGCAAAGCUGUCAUCAAAGCAAAGGGUUGCUAUUUGAAGCUCAAAUAUAAAAUAUAUUUUGAUUUGUUUAACCCUUUUUUGGUUACUACAUGAUUCCAUAUGUGUUAUUGCAUAGUUUUGAGGUCUUCACUAGUAUUCUACAAUGUAGAAAAUAGUACAAAUAAAGAAAAACCCUUGAAUGAGUAGGUGUUCUUAAACUUUCGACCGGUUGUGUGUAUAUAAAUAUACAUACUUUAUUAUGCUACAUACUGUGAUUUUGCAGACACAGGGUUGAUCAUAAUCAUGUGGCAUUUCAAUAUAGCUGAAAUUGUAUUUUUGUUGUUGUUGCAUUACCACAUUAUCCUGAAGUGUUUUGGCUCAAUGGCAGCCCUGGCACUUGUGUGUGAAAUAAAGAGAAAUAUAACUACUCUAACAUCAACAGCUGUAACCUACUAAACCCACGUGGCAUAUAAGCUAUUAUUCAAGAAUCAAUAGAUAUAUCAGGUUUGAAGGUAAGACCCAGGUACAGACAAUGUUGAAGUAACAAAAGUGUAUUAAAUCGAACACGGGCAGGCAAAGGUACUGGACGGCAGGCAGGCUCAGAAUCAGGUCAGGCAGAGGUCGGUAAUCCAGAGUAGUGGGGCAAAGGUACAGGAAGGUAGGCAGCCUCAGAGCAGGCAGAAAGGUCAAAACCGGGAAAACUAGGAAACGGGCGCUAUGAACAGGACAGGAACACGGGGAAAACCACGGAUAGGUCUGAAUGAACGAAACGAACUGGCAACAGACGAACCGAGAAGACCGGUAUAAAUACACAGGGGAUAAUGGGGAAGAUGGAGGGGGUGGAGAUAAUCACAAAGUCAAGUGAAACAGAUCAGGGUGUGACAAGGGGCCUAUUAAAUUACUAUUCAACAGAAUUGAAUAUCUCAUUUUGUAUCUUUUAAUAAAAAUGAAUUAACA